GCCUACGCGACCAUUGACCAGCUGCCGCCCGAGGGCUGGGUAAAUCCUCAGCGGCCGAAAUGAUUAGCCCAGGGGGCAGCUCCGCCCCCGGCUCCUCCCGGCCUCUCGCCCCGCCCCCAUGUCCCGCCCGCCCGCCUGCCUGGCUGCGGGGUGACACGGGGCUUCGCCUUGGGAAGGGGUCAAGGGAAGCAGUUAGACGGCGGCCGGGCGGCGGCUGCGGCGCGGUACGCAAUAUUUAUUUAGUUGGCCAACUACCACUGAUGAAGAUAUGUUAGAGUGACUGCUGAAAUUGCCUUUUUGCUUUUAACCGGAGGACAGUCCAUUUGUUUCACUUCUUUUUGCUUUCCUUACUGCUAUGAGCUUUACUGUAACGGCUGAAAAACUUGGAAAAUAAAAUGGACCUGCUGUAGUCUUGAACAUAAUUUUUUUAAGGAAAACUUAAAGUGCCAGAGUGAAAGCCAGAAUGGCAUCCAGAGAGAGGCUCUUUGAACUUUGGAUGCUUUAUUGUACAAAGAAAGAUCCAGAUUACCUGAAGCUAUGGUUGGACACUUUUGUUUCUAGCUAUGAACAGUUUUUAGACGUUGACUUUGAAAAGCUGCCUACCAGGGUAGAUGAUAUGCCUCCAGGAAUAUCUCUGCUUCCUGAUAAUAUUCUGCAGGUUCUGAGGAUCCAGCUGCUACAGUGUGUUCAGAAAAUGGCAGAUGGGUUAGAGGAACAACAGCAAGCAUUGUCAAUUUUGCUUGUCAAGUUCUUCAUUAUUCUUUGCAGAAAUCUAUCAAAUGUGGAAGAAAUUGGGACUUGCUCGUACAUUAAUUAUGUCAUCACCAUGACAACACUCUAUAUUCAGCAAUUAAAAAGCAACAAAAAAGAGAAGGAAAUGGCAGAUCAGACGUCUAUUGAAGAAUUUGUGAUCCACGCAUUGGCAUUUUGUGAAAGCUUAUAUGAUCCAUAUCGGAAUUGGAGACAUAGAAUUUCAGGACGAAUCCUUAGUACUGUGGAAAAGAGCAGACAGAAAUAUAAACCAGCUUCUCUCACAGUGGAAUUCGUCCCUUUCUUUUAUCAAUGUUUUCAGGAAAGUGAACAUCUCAAGGAAAGUCUUAAAUGUUGCUUACUGCAUCUCUUUGGAGCCAUUGUAGCCGGUGGGCAGAGGAAUGCUUUGCAAGCAAUUUCUCCAGCCACUAUGGAAGUUCUUAUGCGAGUUUUGGCAGAUUGUGAUUCUUGGGAGGAUGGAGAUCCUGAAGAAGUGGGUAGGAAGGCAGAACUAACUCUGAAGUGCCUUACAGAAGUGGUACAUAUCCUUCUCAGUAGCAACUCUGAUCAGCGUCAGGUGGAAACCAGUACUAUUCUCGAGAACUAUUUUAAAUUGCUAAAUUCAGAUCAUUCAGCUUUACCUAAUCAAAGAAGGUCCAGACAGUGGGAAAACCGAUUUAUUGCUCUACAGAUCAAAAUGCUGAAUACCAUCACAGCCAUGUUAGAUUGUACAGAUAGGCCUGUUCUUCAGGCCAUUUUUCUUAACAGCAAUUGCUUUGAACAUCUCAUACGACUGCUGCAAAACUGCAAGCUAUUUUUAAAUGCUAACAAUAAGGUGGCAGACAAGAACGAGAAAGACCUUGCCAACAAAUUACUGACAGAAAUGAAUGAGGACCAGGUGUUUCAGGGACAAUUGGAUUGUUUGGCCAUAUCAACCAUUCAGGCUUUGACAGCAGUAAUGAACAAAUCUCCAGCUGCUAAGGAAGUAUUUAAAGAAAGAAUUGGUUAUACACAUAUGCUUGAAGUAUUAAAAUCCCUGGGUCAGCCACCACUGGAAUUACUUAAAGAACUUAUGAAUAUGGCUGUAGAGGGUGACCACACUUCAGUUGGGAUUUUGGGCAUUAGUAAUGUCCACCCUCUCUUGCUUCUUAUCCAGUGGCUUCCAGAACUACAAUCCCAUGACCUGCAAAUCUUCAUCUCUGAUUGGCUGAAAAGAAUUUGUUGUAUUAAUAGACAGAGUCGAACUACUUGUGUCAAUGCAAACAUGGGGAUUAGAAUCAUUGAAACCCUUGACUCUCAUUCUUCCCUCCAUCAAACUUGUGCUGAGAACUUGAUUGCAAUCCAUGGUUCCUUGGGGAGUCAGUCAGUGAGCUCAGAAGAAAUCCGUCGACUACUAAGAUUGCUGAGAGUGGAUGAAUCUGAGUCUGGUCACCCUUAUGUCACUCCCGUGACUCGAGCAAUCCUGACAAUGGCCCGAAAACUAAGUCUAGAGAGUGCCCUCCAGUAUUUCAAUUUGUCACAUAGUUUGGCAGGAAUUUCUGUGCCUCCCAUACAGAAAUGGCCAGGGUCUGCCUUUUCUUUCAGUGCUUGGUUUUGCUUAGAUCAGGAUCAGUUGACUCUUGGCAUUGCUAACAAAGGAGGGAAAAGGAAACAAUUGUACAGUUUUUUUACAGGAAGUGGCAUGGGUUUUGAAGCCUUUAUUACCCAUUCAGGUAUGUUGGUCGUGGCAGUGUGCACAAAAAGAGAAUAUGCAACGGUUAUGCUUCCUGACCACAGUUUCUUUGAUUCCCUCUGGCACAACAUAACUAUUGUCCAUAUACCUGGAAAAAGGCCUUUUGGUCAGAGCUUCGUCUAUAUCUAUGACAAUGGACAACAGAAGGUUUCUGCCCCUCUCAGAUUUCCUGCCAUGAAUGAACCCUUUACUUCCUGUUGCAUUGGUUCAGCUGGGCAAAGAACCACCACUCCUCCACCAUCCCAAAUCCCAGAUCCACCUUUCUCUUCUCCCAUUACCCCUCAUCGGACAUCAUUUGGUGGAAUUCUGUCAUCAGCCUCCUGGGGAGGAACAGUUGAAAAAUCAAAAUUGAUUACCAAAUUGAUAUCAGCUGGAACCCAAGACAGUGAAUGGGGGUGUCCCACAUCUCUGGAGGGUCAGCUAGGAUCUGUUAUCAUCUUUUAUGAACCACUGCAACCUCCUCAGGUGAAGGCAUUAUAUUUAGCAGGUCCAAAUUGUUUAAGCCCUUGGAAGUGUCAAGAGUCUGACAUGGCCGACCUGCCUGGUAACAUCCUUCUUUACUACACAGCAAAGGCCUGUAAAAAUUCAAUCUGUCUUGAUUUAUCUACUAAUUGUUUGCACGGAAGAUUAACAGGAAACAAAGUAGUGAACUGGGACAUUAAGGAUAUCAUAAACUGCAUAGGCGGGUUAAAUGUACUCUUUCCUUUAUUGGAACAAAUCAGCCACUUUAGUGAAGGACAGAUUCCUGAAGAAAAGAAUGAAAGCACGGUUCCUGAAUCAAUAACACCUGUUGAAGGAGAUUGGCUCGUAUUGACUUCCACAAAGGCCUCAGAGUCAAGACUAGAGAGAAACCUAGUUGCAACAUUUAUCUUGAUUGUGAAACAUUUUAUUCAGAGACAUCCUAUCAACCAGGACAAUCUUAUUCACUCCCAUGGAGUUGCAACUCUUGGUGCUUUACUUCAGAAGGUGCCAAGCACCUUGAUGGAUGUUAAUGUAUUGAUGGCAGUUCAGUUACUAAUUGAACAAGUAUCAUUAGAGAAAAAUAUGCAGCUCCUGCAACAAAUGUAUCAAUAUUUACUCUUUGACUUUCGUAUUUGGAACCGUGGAGAUUUUCCCUUUCGAAUCGGUCACAUACAGUAUCUUUCAACCAUCAUUAAAGACAGCAGGAGAGUUUUCCGAAAGAAGUAUGGUGUGCAAUUUCUCCUAGAUACACUUAGGAUUUAUUAUGGGAAUGGUUGUAAAUAUAAUGAACUGUCUCUAGAUGAUAUUCGAACAAUAAGGACUUCUUUGUAUGGACUAAUUAAAUAUUUUCUGUGCAAAGGUGGAUCUCAUGAAGAGAUACAAAGUAUUAUGGGGUACAUAGCUGCUACUAAUGAAGAAGAACAGCUCUUUGGAAUUUUGGAUGUGCUCUUCAGUCUCCUACGUACCAGCCCAACUAGAGGUCAGCUUUUCUUACUGCUUUUUGAACCGGGAAAUGCUGACAUACUGUAUGCAUUGCUCUUAAAUCAGAAGUACUCUGACAGACUAAGAGAAAUCAUUUUUAAGAUUAUGGAACAAAUGUUGAAAUGCACGAACGUUUAUGAGCGUAGUAAACAACAUAUUCGACUCAGAGAAGUUGGCUACUCAGGACUGGGACUCCUUCUUAAUGAAGCACUUGUUAAUACUUCUCUUAUUAAAAACCUCACCCAUCAAAUCAUAAAUACAGAUCCUGUUAUUAAUUUCAAAGAUCUACUAUCUGUGGUAUAUAUAUCUCACAGAGCACAUAUAAAUGUUAGAGUGGCCAUCUGCAGAAAGGUUUUACAAAUUUUGCAGUCCCAGCCAGAUGCAGCGCAUCAAAUAUCACAACAAGUGGGUUGGCAAGACACCUUAGUUAGGCUUUUUUUAAAAGCAAAAUUUGAAAACGGAAAUACUCUUCAUAAGCACAGUAGAGCUGUUUUAAUGAAAGACAAUGAUAAAAAUAUGUCAACUGAAGAUACUAAGAAGAACUUUGAUGAAAAAACAGAUGAGGAAAAAAUCACCUCUUUUGCCUCAGCAAAUUUGUCUUCCGAUCAGUGGAGUUUGGAGGAUAGACACUCUUUAGACUCAAACACACCAUUAUUUCCAGAAGACAGCUCUGUGGGAGAAUUGUCUUUCAAAUCAGAGAAUCAAGAAGAAUUCUGGCAUAGUAACCCUUCACAUUUGAGUUUAGACCUCAGUGGAAUUGACUCAUGUGAAAUGAGUGAUAGUGGAAGUCAAGUGCCAGACAGUCUGCCUAGCACACCAUCCCCGGUAGAGUCUACUAAAUCGUUUCCUGUGCACUCUGACAAAGAAAGCAGCAUCACAAAUGAUAUGGGCUUUAGUGAUGACUUCUCUUUACUUGAAAGCCAAGAGAGAUGUGAGGAGGAGCUUCUUCAAUUACUGACACAUAUUUUGAAUUAUGUAAUGUGUAAGGGACUAGAAAAGUCUGAUGAUGAUACUUGGAUUGAACGAGGACAAGUGUUUUCAGCACUAAGUAAACCAGGAAUAUCCAGUGAACUACUUCGACCAUCAGAUGAAAUAAAACUAACUUUGCUACAAAAGAUGUUAGAAUGGGCAGUCUCAGAAAACAGAGAAGCAAAAACUAAUCCAGUAACUGCUGAAAACGCCUUCCGAUUAGUGCUGAUCAUACAGGACUUUCUUCAGUCAGAGGGACUAGUUAAUUCAAACAUGUGGACCGAGAAGCUUUUAGAGGAUAUGAUGCUGCUCUUUGACUGUCUGUCAGUCUGGUAUUCUGAAAGUCCAAUAUGGGUAAAACUCUCUCAAAUUCAGAUCCAGUUGCUUCUAGGAUUCAUUGGAAGGGGUAAUUUGCAGGUUUGUGCAAUGGCAUCAGCUAAGCUAAAUACCCUUCUUCAGACCAAAGUGAUUGAAAAUCAGGAUGAAGCAUGUUACAUUUUAGGGAAGCUGGAACAUGUUCUAAGUCAAUCAAUCAAGGAACAGACUGAAAUCUACUCGUUUCUGAUUCCCCUUGUUCGUACCCUGGUUUCCAAAAUUUAUGAGCUUCUCUUCAUGAACUUGCACCUACCUUCUUUACCUUUUACCAAUGGUAGUUCGUCAUUUUUUGAAGAUUUUCAAGAAUAUUGUAAUUCAAAUGAAUGGCAAGUUUACAUUGAAAAAUAUAUUGUACCUUAUAUGAAGCAAUAUGAAACUCAUACAUUUUACGAUGGUCAUGAGAACAUGGCACUUUAUUGGAAGGAUUGUUAUGAAGCUUUAAUGGUAAAUAUGCAUAAACGAGACCGGGAAGGAGGGGAAAGCAAGCUCAAAUUUCAGGAGCUGUUUGUGGAGCCAUUUAAUCGAAAAGCACGCCAAGAGAACCUGAGGUAUAAUAAUAUGCUUAAACAACUUAGCAGUCAACAGUUAGCCACUCUUAGACGCUGGAAAGCAAUACAGCUGUAUCUUACAUGUGAAAGGGGACCUUGGGCUAAAAGGAAACAGAAUCCAGUUCAUUGGAAGCUAGCUAAUGUAGAGAAUUAUUCCCGCAUGAGACUUAAGCUGGUACCGAAUUAUAAUUUCAAAACCCAUGAGGAAGCUAGUGCCUUGAGAGAUAAUCUGGGUAUCCAACACUCACAGCCUUCCAGUGAUACAUUGCUUUUGGAAGUAGUGAAACAAGUAAAAGUUAGUGAUAUGGAGGAGGAUAAAUUAGACCUUCCUGAAGAGGAUAUAACAGCUAGAGCAAAUGUUGAUGAGGAAGAACAGGAUCAAAAAGAAAAAUUGGUAUUGAUGGAAGACUGUGAACUCAUUACAAUAAUUGAUGUAAUUCCUGGCAGAUUAGAAAUCACUACUCAACACAUUUACUUCUAUGAUGGCAGCAUUGAAAAAGAAGAUGGAGUAGGCUUUGAUUUCAAGUGGCCUCAUUCUCAAAUUCGGGAGAUUCACCUCCGGCGUUACAACUUAAGAAGAUCAGCCCUUGAGAUUUUUCAUGUUGACCAAUCCAACUACUUUCUCAAUUUCAAAAAAGAGGUUAGAAACAAAAUAUAUAGCAGACUAUUGUCACUUCAUUCUCCAAAUAGUUAUUAUGGAAGCAGAUCACCACAGGAGUUAUUCAAAGCAUCAGGAUUGACACAGAAAUGGGUAAACAGAGAGAUAUCAAAUUUUGACUACCUCAUUCAAAUAAAUACAAUGGCAGGACGAACCUAUAAUGACCUUGCACAGUAUCCUGUGUUUCCCUGGAUUUUACAAGAUUAUACUUCAGAAGAGUUGGACCUUAAUAACCCUGCUGUAUUUCGAGAUCUUUCCAAACCAAUUGGGGUAGUUAAUGAAAAAAAUGCCAAAGCUAUGCGAGAAAAAUACGAAAAUUUUGAGGAUCCUAUGGGAACUAUUGAUAAGUUUCACUAUGGUACUCACUAUUCAAAUUCUGCGGGGGUCAUGCACUAUCUCAUUCGUGUAGAACCAUUCACCACCCUCCACAUCCAACUUCAGAGUGGAAGGUUUGACUGUGCAGAUCGACAGUUCCAUUCUAUUCCUGCUACCUGGCAAGCUCUUAUGGAUAAUCCAUAUGAUGUUAAAGAACUUAUUCCUGAAUUCUUCUAUUUCCCAGAGUUUUUGGAAAAUCAAAAUCAAUUUAACUUGGGUCGUCUACAAGUUUCCAAAGAAUUAGUAAAUGAUGUCAUUCUCCCCAAAUGGGCUAAAUCAGCUGAAGAUUUCAUCUAUAAACAUAGGAAAGCUUUGGAGUCUGAAUAUGUUUCAGCUCAUCUUCAUGAAUGGAUAGAUCUGAUCUUUGGCUAUAAACAGAGGGGACCAGCUGCAGUAGAGGCACUCAAUGUUUUCUAUUAUUGUAGUUAUGAAGGAGCUGUGGAUCUGGAUGCCUUAACAGAUGAGAAAGAAAGAAAAGCCUUAGAAGGGAUGAUUAAUAAUUUUGGGCAAACACCUUGUCAAUUAUUAAAGGAACCACACCCUCCAAGAUUAUCAGCAGAAGAAGCAGUGCAGAAGCCAACCAAAAUAGACACUUCAACCCUAAACCUGUUUCAACACCUUCCUGAACUCAAGUCAUUUUUUAUAGAGGGGAUUAGUGAUGGUAUUCCACUAUUAAAGGCCACCGUCCCCAAAAAUCAGUAUCGUUCUUUUAUGUCUCAAGGCAGCCCUGAGUUACUGAUAACAAUAGGCAUGAAUUAUGUUAUUGGAACCCAUGGAUGGUUGCCUUAUGACAGAAACAUUUCUAAUUACUUUACAUUCAUCAAGGAUCAAACUGUGACAAAUCCAAAAACUCAGCGCAGUAUGAAUGGUCCUUUUGCUCCCGGGCUAGAGAUCACUUCUAAGCUAUUUGUAGUAUCACAUGAUGCAAAGUUGCUCUUCAGCUCUGGAUACUGGGAUAAUAGCAUUCAAGUGAUGUCACUUACAAAAGGCAAAAUUAUCUCACACAUCAUCCGGCAUAUGGAUAUUGUGACUUGCUUAGCUACAGAUUACUGUGGAAUACAUUUGAUUUCUGGUUCCAGAGAUACUACAUGUAUGAUAUGGCAAAUAACACAACAGGGAGGUGUUCCUGUGGGCUUAGCAUCUAAACCUUUUCAGAUUCUUUAUGGACACACCGAUGAGGUAUUGAGUGUCGGCAUCAGCACUGAGCUAGACAUGGCAGUGUCAGGAUCAAGGGAUGGAACGGUGAUUAUACAUACCAUUCAGAAAGGUCAGUACAUGAGGACUUUACGACCACCUUGUGAGAGUUCUCUGUUCCUGACCAUUCCUAAUUUGGCUAUAUCUUGGGAAGGACAUAUUGUUGUCUACUCCAGCAUUCAAGAAAAGACCACCCUCAAGGAUAAGAAUGCAUUACAUCUGUUUUCUGUAAAUGGCAAGUAUCUAGGGUCUCAAAUCCUGAAGGAACAAGUAUCAGAUAUAUGUAUAAUUGGAGAACACGUUGUCACAGGCAGCUUACAAGGAUUCCUGUCUAUAAGAGAUCUCCACAGCUUGAAUCUCAGCAUCAACCCAUUAGCCAUGCGACUGCCUAUCCAUUGUGUUUGUGUAACCAAAGAAUACAGCCAUAUUCUUGUAGGUUUAGAAGAUGGCAAAUUGAUUGUAGUGGGUGUUGGCAAGCCUGCUGAGAUGCGUUCAGGUCAGCUUUCUCGAAAAUUGUGGGGAUCGAGCAAGCGUCUCAGCCAGAUUUCAGCUGGAGAAACUGAAUAUAAUACUCAAGAUUCCAAGUGAUUGUUAUUUCCAUUUUCUGUUAUGAUUACUGAAACCUGAUUUAUUGCUUUGUCACUUUAACCACAUCUCUCGACUCUCUGCAAUGUUGCAAGGCUUUUAUCCCUGAAAAUCAUUUACAGAUAACCACAAUUUGCUGUGGUAUAUAAACUAAUUCUUGGUCUAUACUAAGCUGUAUUUGAGAAAAUACAUUUGAUUUGAUUUUGUGGCCCAUUCCUAAAGGUCAUUGUAUCCAUUUUUAAAACAAACUAAGAUGAGAAAUUCGUUCAAUUUUCUUAUUAUUCCAAAUGAUAAAAUUUAAGAUUUUUCUAAUAAAAGAGUACAGAUAAUGGGACAGUUGAGAGAGAUGGCUUUAAAUACAUUCUUAAGUGAUCAUUUUCCUAUUUACUGACCACUGUAAUGAAAAUAUAUCAAUUUAUUUAUGGAACUCCUGAUUGGGGAUAAUAUUUUAAAAUAUCUGUUGCACACUUGGAUUUUCAAAACUCAAUAAAAGUUACAGGUUGGCAUGGUAAGAAUAAAAUAAGAAUAUUGAAACUGGUACAUUAGCUAAUUCUAUUACUACUUAGCAUGUUACUAAUGAGAAGUUACUGAAAUCUAUUACUGUCCUUAAAUAAUAAAAAUUGAGUAGAAAAAAGUGGAACUAGAGAUACAUUUUACAGAUGUAUUUCCUUAAUAAUAUAAUUAAGCAAAAGUGCUAAUUGUGAUUUUGACAGUUGGGCCUUUUAAGUAGCAUUUGCAGCACAAUUUGCAUUUGCAAAGUUCAAAAUUUCUUGACUCUUCACUAAGCAAAUACUAUUUUACUCUAAUAAUUGAGAGUUAGUAAUACCCAAAUAUGUUGAAUUUUUACUUAGGAUAACUGUGUGAUUGAUGAAUGAAUUGAAAAGAUAUGCAUAACUUAAAAUAAUCAUUUAUAUAUAGUAAUUUAAAAAUUUCUAUUUCAUGUUUUAGGAUUAUCGCUAAUUUUAUUAUUAUAGUGUUAAAUGUUGUGCUUGAUUAUUAAGAUCUUAAAGUAAAAGUCUGAUUUAUUUAAUUUAGAAUUCAAAGACAUUGUUAAACUUAGAUUUUUUGUAAGAUUAUCUUUUGAGUUAGGUCAGAGAGCCUUUACAACUACCAGUGUUAUUAAUCUGAGAUUUCAUGUGUUUGGGAGAACUUGUGAAUCCCUCUGAAAUUGUGCAGAGAUUUUGUAUGUUAAAUGCAUUUUCAGGAAGGAGUGGUUACAUGGCUUUCUUUAAAGGGAUCUGUGACCAGUAAUAGUAUUCUUUUUUGUUCCACAAAUCAUAGAUGUCCUUACAUCCAAUUGUCUUCUCAAUUGAAUCUUAGAGAAAUUUUUCCUUUGCAAUUUCGCUUUCCUGUUGACCACAGUAUCCAGUGCCCUUUUCUUUAUAAUCUUUUGAGUGAGUAAAAAAAUUUUAAGAAAUAAAGAAUUCUGUUUAGGGAAACUUUUGAAUAGAUUUGAUUUGAUGUGAGUCAGGGCUAAUAAAAAGCUAUAGAUGAAUUUUCUUUCCAAUAAGUAAAAAUCCUCUGUUUUAUUAAGGAAAAAAUAGCUAUGUUUUAGGUAAGUAACUGAAAUAAACUGGUACAACAAUUGUAAAAUAGAACAUAUGUAAAUGUCAAGGUGUCUUUUCUUAAGACUUCAGGAAUUUGUACUGAAAAAAGUCUCAAAAUAAGUUCAGUAGCAAUAAUUACGAUGCAUAAAUGAGACUGGCAUCCAUUUAUUUUAUUCUUUUUGGGGGGGAUGGGAGGUUUCAAUCCAGUGCUUCACCCGUGGUGCCACCGUGACUAUCUUUUUUUUUAUCUUACAGUUUUUCAGGAGAUUUCAAGUCAGCAGAACUAACAUGAUUGAUUUUUAGUUUUUAAAAUACUGAUUUUUUUAGAAACUUUUUCUAAAUCAAAACCUACUAAGUUUUAUUUUGUUAUUCAGAGAUUUUGAUGUAAAAAUGCCUUCUUUAUUUUUAAGGUUACUUAAUACUGGAUUUGAAAAUUAUUUUGGAUGCUUAUAAGUUUUCUAAAACUUAGAUAAUUAGAAAAAAUGCUUAAGUUUAUGAUGUUUUACUAUGCUGCUUUUUAGAUGGAAGAAAUAAGCAGUUUUUACUUUAUAGUACAAAUAAGUUUUGUUCACAAUAAAAUAGAUAUCCUACCUGGACUAAUACUAGAUGUACGAGGUAGUGAAAUUAUUUCUUAUAUUGCUUUUUCCAAAAAGUAAAAACCAAAAAUGGGGGCUGGGCGUGGUGGACUCAUGCCUGUAAUCCCAGCACUUUGGGAGGCUGAGGCAGGCGAAUCACAAGGUCAGGAGUUCAAGACCAGCCUGGCCAACACAGUGAAACCCUGUCUUUACUAAAAAUACAAAAAUUAGCCGGACAUGGUGGCACGUGCCUGUAGUCCCAGCUACUCGAGAGGCUGAGCAGCACAGGAGAAUCACUUGAACCCGGGAGGUGGAGGUUGCAGUGACCUGAGAUCACGCUACUGCACUCCAGCUUGGGCAACAGAGUGAGACUUUGUCUCAAAGAAAAGAAAAAAAAAUACGGAAUUUAGAGAAAAAUCUUUGAGAAUACGAGCAACAGUCUAGAGAAUGGAACUUAAAUUUUAUCUAUUAAAAGAAGCAAACAACUAUUAGCUGAGUAAUAUAUUACUCAUUUAAAGAGUAUAGCCUACUGAAUUAAAAAUCACUAGAUAAAAUAAUUGGAAAGAAGUACUUUUGAGGAUUCUGGUAUAUUUAGAUGUUAUCCAUAGAAAUUAGUUAUAUAUUAUGUAAUGAGAGAAAUGAACAGUAUCAUUAGAAUGAAAUAAUAGGUGGACAUUUCAAUUGGUGAAUAUAGUAUCUCAAGUUGGCUCUUACAAAGUCUGUUAUCUGGCCAGUUGUGGUGGCUCACGCCUAUAAUCCCAGCACUUUGGGGGGCCGAGGUGGGCAGAUCACAAGGUCAGGAGUUCGAGACCAGCCUGGCCAACAUGGUGAAACCCCGUCUCUACUGAAAAUACAAAAAUUUGCUGGGUGUGGUGGCAGGCCCCAGCUACUCAGGAGGCUGGGGCAGGAGAAUCACUUGAACCCAGGAGGCAAAGUUGCAGUGAGCCAAAAUCGCACCACUGCACUCCAGCCUGGGCAACAGGGUGAGACUCCAUCUCAAAAAAAAAAAAAGUCUGUUAUCUUUGCAAAACUUUUUAUAUGCUUUUGUUUCUUGAUACUGGUGAUGACAAAAAAAAAAAUCUCAGCAUCCUGGUGAUAGGAAGAGAUUUAUACCAAGAUAAUUAUUUUACUUUUGGAAAAUGAGAUCAAGUAUUAAAACAUGUAAUAGCUGUGCACGCUUAGAGAAUAAAGAACGUUUAUAAAAUUUUUUUACAGCUGUUUUCAAUCAGUAUUCUGGUAUUACUCAGAUAAAAUUGUAAGAGAGAAGGAAAAAUAGAUCAGGGCAUAAAAAUCAGGAAAGUGUAUAAAAAUGAAGUUUGGCAAAUUGGUUUAGUCUUUCUUUUUAGCCUGUGAAGCUCACGUGUGUUAUUAAGAAGUUAAUAACAAAAUAAAAAUCUGUUAACUUUUUUUAGGUCACAGUGCAGUGCAUCCUUUUGUAGAAGAAAAAAUACCAAGUGUUCAUUCUGUCAUUAGCAAGGAACACCAAUGAGGUUUCUUUUUUUUCUCUAUUUAGGGCGUAUUAAAAUUAUCCUUCAGAGUACUUGUAUUGAAAAUCAAGUUUAUGCUUCUGAAAAGAAUAAGUGCACUCUCAGAAUUAAAAUUCAGAUUUGACAGUUGAAUCUUAACCUAAGACAUUUUAUAUUUUGUGUGAAAAGGAGUGGUCAGGGGAAACUGUUAACUUGGAUACCAGAUUUUUAUUUAACAAUGAUAGAGAUAUGACCUUUGCCUUUAUGUAUAUUUUAUAUUGUUACUACUAAAGAGACCACUGAGAAAUCUUGUAAUUGAACUUAGGGAAGUUAGCUCCUUUUAUAUAUUUAUAAAAUGAGUAGCAUUAUUUUUACCACCUUUCCACUGAAAAGAUGCAAGUCCUAGGACUAUAUUAAAUAUAAAUGUUAUAUUAUUAAAUAAUAUAUGUAAUAUCGUGGGUGUCUGUUGGGGAUAUGUGUGUGUAAAGAUUGGUUUUUUCAAAUAUAUAUAUUUAAACCUGUCUUCUGGAAACAGGUUCUUGAACCUAUCUUUAGGAUACAGUUUUUGACUGGGAUAUAGGAAAUGAAACAUGUUUGUUUGUUUGCAUCAUCAGCCAUACUCAUGGCUUAUCCUACGCAUUGUGCCUCUCAUCAGCUGAAACUGUUUCUCCGCAAUAAGUGAGCAAUCUUAAACAUUUUCAUCACUCUUUAACAAAAUCCAUUCUCAAUAUUCUUUUUGCUGAAUUCGUAUAUUGUAUAUAUUCAACAUAUUAUUUGUUUUAAACUUGACUCCAUCCAGAGCAUUGUUCUAUGGAGUUUUCCUGUAUUUAUCAGAGUCAUGUGGUAUUUUUCUUGAUGACUGUAGGUAACAAUAUAGUGUUAUCAGUCAUCAUUUUAAUAUGAUUUAAAAUGUGGACCACAGCCUGCCUUCUUUAAUUUAAAUCUAGGCCAAGCAUGGUGGCUCACGCCUAUAAUCUCAGCACUUUGGGAGGCUGAGGCAGGAGGAUCACUUGAGCCUAGGAGCUCAAGACUAGCCUGGGCAGCAUAGUGGGCCCCACCUCUACAAGACACUAAAAAAUUAGCCAUGUGUGCUGGCAAGCACCUGUAGUCCUAGCUACUCGGGAGGCUGAGGCAAAGAGUUUGCUUGAGCCUAGAGAUCAAGGCUGCAAUAAGCUGUGAUUGCACCACUGCACUUCAGCCUAGGUGACAGAGUUAGACCCUGUCUCCAAAAAUACAUUUUUUAAAAUUUAAAUCUAGCAGUUUCUAGGCCAGUGGUUCUUAAUAGAUAUUGCAGAUCAGACUUCUGUAUGGAGUUUAUAAAUAUACAGAUAUCUAGGCACUGCUUUGGACUUCGUGAAUCUCUUUACUUAAUAUUCUUGGUAUUAAAAAAUUAUAUCUGAGGAUUAUUAUGUGAUAUCUUAAAAAUUUUUUCUGUAUAGAAAUUUGUCCAUUUAUCUUUAUAAACCAGAUCCAGUAUUCAGACUUAUUUGAAAAUAGGCUUAAUCAUUAUCCUGAGAGACAUUUUGUCUCAAAUUUGCUUGGAAUGGCUUUAUUAUCUUUGUUUUGCCUGCCACAAAAACAACCAAAUUUCCUUUCAGUUGAAUUACUUUUAUCAUGAACUCUCUUUAGACUGUUCACAUUUGAAAAUUAUAACUAAUAUUUGCCUCCAGAAAAGUACAUCUGUUUGCUAAUAUUAGUUCCUGGUGACUUUCAGUGAAUGUUUUGCAAACUUGAAUUAGGCAACAUUUUAAAGAAGAAAAAACAUGACUAACAUGAAGAAUUUAAAACAUAAAAGUAGAUCUCUUAUAGCCUUGAAGCUUGUAAUCAAUAGAAUUUUCCUAAUUAAAAAGCAUUGGAUAAAUUAUCUACUACUUCCAAUGACUUUUGCAGGUACAGCCUCUGUAUGGAAAUAAUCUUUAAUUUUUUAUAGGUAUAACAGAGAAUAAAGCAUUAACAUUUAAGAUGUUUAAUUCCAAACAGGAAAUAAUUCAGUUUUCUGUGUUAAGAAAUGUAAGGCCAUUCUAGACUAUAGCAGUUAUGUGGUUUUCUUCUGUAUAAAAAUCUCAUUUAAUAGUGGCUGUAUUAUCAGAUACUUAUUCGAUUAUAGUAAUUCAUCAGACACAUCUCCUUCGUUUGGUGAUUAUCUCAUUGACAUUUGUCACACGUGAGUGAUUUCUAAACACAUUGCAGGAUUUGGACCUGUAAAGCCAGUGGCUUUAGUGAUAAGUAAAAGGGCACAUUCAACAAUAUUUACCUUUGUCUUAAUGCCCAUAAUCUUAUGAACUGAAAAUUCAGAAGGAAAAGAACAAAUAGAAAGCUACUAAUUCAAUAUUUGUUUUUCAUGGUACGGUUUUCAUGUUUCCUUGGAAACAUAUUUUGCAAAUAUAACAAUAAUAGUAAUAACAUAAUUUUGUGGUUUAAAAAAAUUACCCAUUCAUUUUUCAAACUUGACUGUUAGUGGAGGGGUAUAUGUAUGUCUGUGUUUCCACUUAUGUAAUGGCUGUCUCAUUAUUUAAAUUAAUUUAUAAUUAUUUUUCAGUGUACAGAGUGAUUAGUGGCUUAUAAUGCUGUUACAAUGUAGCAUUGUAAUGUAAGAUGAAGAAAAAUUAGGAUUUAGGUGGGAUUUUUAAAAAUUUAUCAAUUAAAAAUAAACUACUUUUUAAAAGAAGUCCUAUUCCAAUUGGACUUUUAAAAUUUUUAUUUUAGUAAUAUUUCAACUUAAGAUGUACUAAAACUAGCAAUUCUGUGGUAAUCAGUGUACUAGUCAACAUUAAAAUGCUAUUUUGGGUUGUCUUCUUUUGGUAACAUAUUCUGACACUAAGCAACAUGUUUUACAAUUUAGUGGGCUGAACCUACAAAUUCAUAAAUGCUUCUCUUUAUUUUGAAGGAAAAAGAUACUUGUCUGUAUUAGAUGUAAUUGUUUUACUCUUCAGAAUGUGAAAGUUAUAUUAAUCACAAACACUUUAAGAAGUGGUUCUGGUAGGAUGAUAUCAGUAGUCAAACUUAAUUGAAAAACUGUCAGUGUCUGUUUUUUAUAUAUGGAUUAAAGAGGAUAACUUUAUUUUUUCCUUUGGAAAGAAUAAUUCCUUUGGAAUUUUGAAAUUUUGAUUUUCUUAGAUGACUUUUUAGCAAUUUAAUUAUAAUAAUUUCUAUUUUUCUUCCAAAAUUAUGGCAUGUUAUAGUAGAUCUUACUAUUAAAGAUCUUUUAUAUUUUAAACUGUUUUUUCCUAUUCUGCUUUUUACUACUCUCAAAGACUGUGAUUGAUGAACAACAUCACCAAACUUUUUUUGUGGCUAACUGCAUAUUUUAUAAUUAGCUUUAUAUAAGAAAACUUCUUAGAAAACUGUGUGGCUGGUUGGUUCCAUUUAGAAACUCUUAACAGGUAUGGCUUUCAUUCCUCCAGUUGUUUGCUUUUAUAGACUUGGAGCAAAAAAUUUAGCAAAAAGUGAUCAUAUCUGGCUAGACAGCCAUUUCUCUCAGAUUCAUUGCUAUAAAAAUGAAUCUACUGAGGCAUAAAAAUAUGAAACAUAUUUAAUUCAUCUCUUUUGUCAGUUUUUCUGGGACUCCAAUAGCAUUUCAGUGUUAUAGAGAGUGACCGUGACUUGAAUGCAUGUAUAUGCACAUAGUCAAUUCAGAGCAGAAUAACUAAAAAUUCAGAAUGACUUGUUUUUUAAAAGUACUUGGAAAUUGUGCUGCUACUUAAAUAUUGAAGGAAUUCAGAAAGUUGUGUAUUUAUCUUAAAAUGUUCCUUCUCAUUUAUUCUACUGGAAUUGACCAUGAAAAAGAAAAUAUUAUGCCGUAUUUAUAUCUAAUUAUUGACUGUGCAAACUGUGACUCAGUGGAUAUUUGUAUGCCCCCCAAAAACGUUUUAAAGUUGAGCAAUUUUUAAUAAAAAUGUGUAAAUAA